AUGGCUACCAAAACCCUAAUGCUCCUCCUCCUCAUCCUCAUAGCCUUUGUUGUCCACCAAUCCCAUGCCGCCACGUCAUCAUUCCUCGAUGACGAGGACGACGAGAACGAAGUCGAAGAAUACGUGCUCGACUCCGAAUCAUCCUCGAAUAACUCGACCGUGAGGAGGAGCCGUUUUCUCGCCUCGGCCGUCAAGAAAAUCAAGAAGGGCAUGAAUUGCGACUCGAGAACGAACCCUUACGUUUGCAACGGCGUGCACGCGAACGGAGGAUCGGUCCUCCUCCAUUGUUGCAAGAAGCAUUGCCGGAAUGUGCUCGGAGACCGGAACAAUUGCGGGCGGUGCGGCCACAAGUGCCGCCUCGGAGAGCGGUGUUGCGGCGGGGUUUGCAAGAAUGUGUUGAGGGAUAGGGGCAAUUGUGGAAAGUGCAAUAAAAAGUGUGGGAAAGGGGUUAGGUGUGAGUUGGGGUAUUGUGGGUAUGCAUGA